AUGUCUGAACACCAACACGUUCCACAAGCUGUCCUUGAUGAAGUCUUGAAGAAGGAAAAGGAAUUUGAACAAACUCAAGAAGCCAAGAAGGAAACCAAAGAAAAGAUGCAAGGUACUGUAUUCGACGAAUUGAAAGAGAAAGAAAAGGAGUUUGAAAAGACCCAAGAAGCCAAGAAGGAAACCAAGGAAAAGAUGCAAGGUACUGUAUUCGAUGAAUUGAAGGAAAAGGAGAAGGAAUUUGAAAAGACUCAAGAAGCCAAGAAGGAACAAAAGGAAAAGAUGCAAGGCUCCGUAUUUGACGAAUUGAAAGAGAAGGAGAAGGAAUUUGAAAAGCUCCAAGAAGCCAAGAAGGAAACUGGUGAAAAGAAGAAGAGUUUGCAAAACGAAUUGUUGCAUUCCAAUGUUCAACUCAAGCACGUUGAAACCAAGGAGACUCAUGAGCCUCCAGUGAAGGAACAAUAA